AUGUCCUUGCCAGGCCUCCAUGUUCCUACUCCGAUUCAAGUGGAGAUAGCCUCAUCCAUCCAAGACCUCAAAGAACGUUGCGAGUGGCGCUUCGAGGUCGAUUAUAAUAGAAGCCUACUCUCGGGCACUGCAGAGAUCUUUGGCACCGAAUUGGCUAUCCAACAAGUCUAUUCUUUCACUGGCACCAAAGCAGCGAUCUAUACAUGGCAUGGCUGUCGAAUCGAGGUUACAGGUGAAUGUUCAGUCGAGUACAUCGCGGAGGAGACGCCUGUCACGAGUUAUGCCAAUCUCCACUUUGCUCUUGAGUGUCUCCGGGAUGAAGCCAUAUCGUCAAGGAAGGAAGGACCGCGAGUGCUCAUUGUGGGACCUGAUAAUGCUGGAAAGACAAGCUUAGUGAAGCUGUUGACAUCUUACGCUACUAGAUCUGGACGACAGCCAUUGGUAGUGAAUCUCGAUCCUAAAGAGGGCUUAUUAACCAUUCCUGGGACACUGUCUGCUACCACCUUCACCUCUGUCUUGGAUGUCGAAGAAGGCUGGGGAAGCAGUCCCACUAAUGGCCCCACUCCUGUUCCGGUCAAGCUACCGCUGGUGUAUCUUCCCGGAAUGGAAAAUUUGGAAGACAAUGCAGCUGUGACAAAACCAAUCAUCUCAAGACUGGCUCUUACUGUGAUGAAUAGGCUACAGGAUGACUUUGAAGCGAGACAAGCCGGAUGUAUUAUCGAUACCGCGGGGGCACUAGGUGCUGGAAAGGAAAAUUACGAUGUUCUGCAGCACGUUGUCUCAGAAUUUCAAAGUGAGCUUCAUGCACCUGAAACAUUAGUGUCAAAGCUGAAAACAGUGCCAGCCAACAUCAUUGUCGUACUUGGGUCCGAGAGGCUUUACAGCGAUCUCCUCCGCCGUAACAACGGACAAAACACCAGUGGCGGAGAUCCGACAGUAGUAAUCAAGCUCGACAAAUCUGGUGGUGCUGUUGAUCGAGACGAGAGCUUUCGUCAACAUUGGAGGCAAGCGCAGAUUCGAGAAUACUAUUUCGGCGAUGCAAAGAAUACACUCAGCCCGCAUACACUGCAAGUCGAUUUCUCUCAAUUAAGUAUCUACAGAUUGAAAGCUUCGGCAAACGAUAACAAUGACUCAUUCCUACCUGGAGACUAUGAAGCAGACGGAUUUGACUCGACAUUAAUAUUUGAUAAAGUCACAUCCCCGACCGCACAGAUGCAAAACGCCAUACUCGCCAUCACCUACGCCGAACCAAAUGAGAACCAUGAUGCAAUCCGUGACGCUAGUGUCAUUGGCUUUGUGUAUGUUGCGGAGGUCGACGAUAUAAAGAAAAAAGUCAAGUUACUUACCCCUUUGAGUGGUAGGUUGCCGAAUAAAGCUAUAAUAUGGGCAGGAUGGCCAGAGGGCAAUGAAAGUCUUGUUGCUCCGGAGAGCUACAAUCGCUUAAGGACACCACCACCACCACCACCUAAUCCCGCCCCGCCUCGACCGCCACCAAGAGGUAGUGGUAGUGGUAGAGGUGGACCCAGAAAACCAAAUAACAAGACAGCUGGUGGCAAGGUGACUAAGCCUGAGCCGAAACCGAGGCGAGGCCAAGCCCCAAAGCCAACGACAAAGAAGCCAGCCACAGGCCCCAGCAAAGGCAAGGGAAAACAACCAACAAAGAAGAAGACUAAGGAUACGCAACCGCAGGAUGACGAGGAAACCAAUGAUGAAGAGGAAGAGGAGAGCGACGAGGAUGAAGAUGAAGACGUAGAAGGUGAAGGCGAAGGUGAAGACGGCCAUCACGAUGAUGAACACGAAGAUGACGAAGACGACGGACAAGGAGGCCAAGGAGGCCAGGGAGGUUCCUCAGGUGGAGACCGUCAACCACGGCGCAGUAGUAGCUGGGGGGCAGGGGGUGGGCGAGCGGCGGGUCCAAGUCCAGAAUCAUCGCUAGAGCGAAAGAAUGAGGAGACGCGUAAGAAGAAUGAAUCGAAAGCCGUGGCAGCGUCAAAUUGA